AUGGGAAGUUGUUUGAGUAAUCGAUGUGGUACUUCUUGUGUUGUUAUUGCCUGCGAUGAUUCAGAUUUCCAUUUCACUUCUCACAUGUGUUUCGACUUCAUACUUGCGCUCAUGAACUCGAAAUCUUCUCGUAAAAUUGUUCAACUUGGAUGCCAAUAUGAAAACGAUACUAAUUACUUUAACAUGUUGCGUGUUGAUUCAACGACACAUUGA